AACGUACAAAUAAUCUCAAACUUUUCUUUAACUUGCAUACAAGUAUAGACCAAUAAGAAUGCAUUAAUGUAUAGUAUAUACAAGCAUGCGCAAAAUGUAUUUCCGGACAAUCUGACUAUUCUACACUGUGUGGGAUAUAAGAGACACUACUGUUUCGAAGAAAAAGAAAGAAGAAAAGCGUAUUUGUUUGAAAAGAAGAAAAAUGGAGGACAAGAUUAACAGUGGAAACGCGGCCGUCGAGAUUGUCGAGAGCAAUGCUGCUCCUAAGAAGACCACCAAGAGUAAGGCGAAGGCACAGCAGCAGAAAAAAGUUUCGUCGCGACCACCAACCUCCGAGAUGGUAACAGCAGCUAUUAAGGAGCUGAAAGAUCGCAAGGGUUCGUCCUUCCAAGCGAUCAAAAAGUACAUUGUGUCGACCUAUAAAGUGGACGGUGAGAAGGUUACUCCGUUCAUCAAAAAAUAUUUGAAGACCGCUGUCUCCUCGGGUGCUGUUGUACAGACCAAGGGUAAGGACGCCACCGGCUCUUUCAAACUGUCAACUGAUAAACCGAAACCCAAGUCCAAAGGAAAGACUCAAGGCGCCUCAGUUCAUUCGGACACGUGGAAAGCUGGGGGGGCUAAGAAGGAGAAGGUAGAGAAAACCAAGAAGUUGAGUGCCGUGAAGAAAACCGCAAUGAAAAAAGCUGCGGAGAGCCCGAAGAAACAACCCGCUCAGAAGAAGACU